GAUUAAAUAAAACUUAAAUCCGAGAGUCAAUGCGACGGUGUAGUUUAAUCAACGCGGACCUUUCAAGCAAUCGCAUUCAAACGCCGUUAACCGCCGGUACAAAGAACACGCGCGAUCUCAUCGACCGGUCAACGAGUCAAGGGAAACCAACCACUAGAUUGGCGCCACGUUGAGGGUACCCCAUUUCCUAUCCCUUAACGGAAGAAGAUUCCCUCAACAGCAACAGGAAUAGUGUGGAAAUGUUCUCUAGGCUGGAACCGCGUCAAGAAUAAUUUUAUUUCCAAACAAAGGAGUUUCUUUUUGCCUCUUUAUCUUUUACGUUUUUGGAUCGGUCGAUUGGCCAAUCGAUCGGUCCUUCUAUCUCCUCUGUCUCUUUGAAGGAAUCUGAGUUUUGGAAGUCUAAGAAAUGGCAGGUGGGUUUGGGGAAUCAGCGAGCCGGUCGCCCCAAAGUCCAUCUUGCUCUAGCAACAAUGCUAACGGUGAUGCUGGUAAUUUUGAGUGCAAUAUCUGCUUUGACUUAGCUCAAGACCCCAUUGUGACUUUAUGCGGUCAUCUUUUCUGCUGGCCUUGCCUUUACAAAUGGCUUAACAUUCAUUCCCGUUCUCAUGAAUGUCCUGUGUGUAAGGCGCUUAUUGAGGAAGAAAAGCUGGUCCCCUUGUAUGGAAGGGGAAAAUCAUCGAGUGAUCCUAGGUCUAAAUCCAUCCCGGGUGUCAACAUUCCGAAUCGUCCAGCUGGGCAAAGACCUGAAACGGCUCCUCCGCCUGAACCAAAUCAGUUUCCCCAAAAUGGAUUGGGAUUCAUGGGAGGGUUGGGAGGUUUUGCACCAAUGGCAACUGCUAGAUUUGGGAAUUUCACACUGUCUGCAGCCUUUGGUGGUCUUAUCCCAUCAUUGUUUAACCUUCAGGUGCAUGGGUUUCCUGAUGCGGCAAUGUUUGGUGCAGCUGCUGGGUAUCCAUACGGGUUUUCAAAUUCAUAUCAUGGUGGCCAUGCUCAUGGAUAUCAUCAUCACCAUCAUCAUCAUCAUCAUCGUACUGCUCAAGGCCAGCAGGAUCAUUACCUGAAAAUGCUGUUUCUGUUUAUCAUUGUUUGUGUUAUCUUUGCAAUGAUUUAUCAAUAGAUCAAAUCUGCUAUCAGAGCCUAAAUCUCUAACUUAUGUUAGGAGUGUCAACCCCAUGUCUUGUAUAAAUCUAACAAUGCAUUUUCUUUCCUUUUAUUUUCUUUUCUUUUUUGUGAGUGAGGAAUUGUUUAUAUAGUGCUUUCAAUAUUUAUUUUUGCUCAUUUAAUGGUUGCGGGUACAUGUGGAAUGCAGCUUAUAUGUUUCAGUAUUUAAGCAGUGCAA